GAAGAUAUUGGGAAAUGAAAAGACUGGCAGAGGACGCAGAUAUGGAGAGGACUAUGAACCAAGGACCUGUUUUGAGCAGAGCACAUAUGAUGAUUUUCUAUGGGCAUUGCUGACAACAGGAAAUGAGGUGUUGAGCGGAGAUCAUACUUCCCAGGUGAAAGAAACGUACUUGGACAGUACGGUGAAGCACAGUGCUGCAGUGGAAGGAUAUCGUUGUGGGCAAUGUGCACGGCUUUUUAAAGCUCUGGCAGGACUUCGUAACCAUGAAAAGAUUCACUUAACAUCCAAAACAUGCCAUCAUCCUGUUACGAAGAGCAGAAAAAGAAAGAGCGGCUUGAAAAAUGACAUCCAGAUUACUAGCUCAGAAGGUGGAAAUUAUAGAUGCCCGAGGUGUUCGUACUCCACCCCAGUAAUUGAACAGUUAAGAUCUCAUUCACUCAAAGUACAUGGAAGAUUUCUUAUGCCAAAACUGCGUGCAGCGGUUUCAGAUGCUGAAAAAGCUGGAGAAUACAUGUACCAAGCGUUAAAUGAAAAUGUCUUUCUGGAGUUUCCACAUAGUGAAUGUCACGAUUGUGUUCAGACUUCUGACUCGGGAAUUGAAGCAUUGAAAACCUUACCAAAGUCUCCAGAAGUGAAGAACUAUUCGUGUGAAUUCUGCAACUUCACCACUUGCCAUUUCCAGAAUGUAAAGAAGCAUUAUCGUAAAGUACAUCGUGAGAAUCUGUACUUUGAAUGCAGGAAAUGCCACUUCUUUAGUGGGAGAAA